AUGCUAGACUUCUCAGGUCUGUUCUCCACAGAGAAUCUACCAAGUUUGCAGAAUGGAAGUUCCUUUCCAGGUGACCUCCUCUAUUCCAUUUACGGUGACGCCUACUUCAGUUCGCAUCGCAUCGUAUGGGUACGCGUCAUUCUUAUCCUCCUCUACGCUCUCUUUGCUGUAAUCGGCGUCACAACCAAUGCAGCUGUGGUUUUCUUUCUUCUCAUCUGGCAUCCUAAAUCCCUCCACAAUAUCACCAAUCGCUUCGUUCUCGCGCUCGCCAUCUCCGACAUCUUUAUGUCGGGAUUCAAUAUGCCCAUGCAAGCCUACUAUGAGAUGCAGGAGCGUGUAUACUUCUCUAACCUUGCCUGCCAGUUAGUCUUCUCCACCUUCGGGCUUCCAAUGCACAUCUCUUGCCUCGUUAUCCUUGUUAUCGGCAUUGACCGGUAUAAUAUCAUUGUCUAUCCCCUGCGCAGACGUAUGCCUCGGGGUUCUGCGUCCCUUACCCUCGUUGCAAUUGCUGUAAUCAGUGUUAUUAGUGUAAUUCCCAUAGCCAUCUUCAAUAAAAGCAGUCAAGCAGUGACUAGGCUGGAAGACGGACAGAGAGAACCGAUGGAGUAUCACUAUUGCGUGGAAGAGUGGCCUUCCCCGGAGAUUCGGCUCUGUUACACUAUCUUCACCUUCACUGUACAGUUCUUUCUACCUCUUCUCCUUACUGCCACUCUCUACACUCGGAUUUACUUUCGGCUACAUGAGAGACGCUUUCGAAAACGCGAUUUGGAGAGAAAGAAGCGCACAAACAAGAUCCUUAUUGCCAUUGUUAUCUGCUUCUUUAUCUGCUGGACUCCAUGGAAUGUUUUCUCCAUCAUUCUAGAAGUCUACGCUUAUCGAGCACAGAAACGAAAUCCCAUUAACUUGUUCCCGUUAUUUGAGGGCACUCAGAGCAAUUUAAGUAGUGUGGUUAACAUAAAAUCCCUCCUUUUACCAUCGCGUGAUAACAAUCUGGUUUUCAUCCACGAAGAUCUUAAUGCCUCAGUUCGACCACCCAGAUCGUUUGAACGGAAAUAUAACAUCUCAGACAUUGUGCCUCAGUCUCGUCUGCUUCUUGGUGGUCACGCAAAGAUAAUUGAUCUCAUUCUCAAACUUCUAGCCAUGUGUUCGGGUUGUUUGAACCCCUGCCUCUACGGCUGCAUGACUGAUACGAUGCGGCUUCUUAUGAAAAGAGUGACCAUACGAUUUCAGCGAACGCGGAAUCUCAGUCUCACACGACUACGCGGUAGUCUUCGUGGAUUCCCGGAUAUUCCUACCUCCGAUCGCAGUUCCAUUAAAACUCGAGCCUUUCACAAGUAUCGAAGAAAUGCAUUUGGCACUCCGGUUUACAAAAUUCAUUGUUGUGGUUUUCAGUUCAUUUUUCGCACGGGGUUUCAUCAACACAAUGAGCAAGUGAAGAAUUUAUUUGACACAAAGCGAAAAUCUGAUGUCUCAGAGCCGAGAAUCUCCUCAUUGAGCAAGCGCACACGUCGACUGCAGAGAUGCUCCACAAAUGAUAAAACACCGCCCUACCCAAGUGGAGAAAAGGAGGGUUAUGGAGGAGAUCAAAAAUUUCCCGAGUAUCAAACUGGGCAAAACCAAUUAGGCAUACAACAAGUGAACCAUAGCCUGCAGCAUCUUGACCCUGCAAGCUUAACAUUUCUGACUCGAGAAAGCGCAACCCUAAGCAUUAAUGAGAGUUCCACUAAGCGGACUAGCCUACUUCCUUCAUCAUUCUACGAAAAAACUCCGAGGAGUUCUUUUAUGGUUGAUGCAGUGAAACAGCAAGAGAGUGGUUCUGCAAACAGUAGGACUGAUCAAUCCCUCCUUCGUGUUUCUUCACCCGCACCUGUGGUAACGGUGUGUGAACCAUCUUCAACCUUUAAUGAGGAGCUUCCCUGUGCAGACGAAGAGACAACAAGGAGCUUAAAGAACUCCCCAGUGCAUCACGUUCAAAAUAAUCGGCAUCAGAAGCUUGUCAACAUAGAGGUUCACACUCCACCACCUUCUCUAACCACCUCUGCGCCCCCUAUUGACAUAUUUCGACGUAGAAGUUCCAGUAAAGGCGUGCCGAAGUCAUGCCGGACUUUAGCUCCAUUAGAAGAAGUGUCCAACUGCGGAGAUAUUGUAGAAUCUGCUACGAUGCAGGAGCAUAAACCGGUACAGCGUCAAGAAGGCAAGGUCGUGCCAGCAUUGCCGACUACAGCAGCGGCCCUCCAACGUGAUCGUUUCAAGCGAAGCGUCUCCAUAAGUUGCGAUAAUGAGUCCUCACGAGGUUCCUCCUCUGCGAAUAACCGUCAGUCCCUUCAAAUGCGGCGACAAAGCACCUAUGAAGUCUUCCGUCUUAAAAAGUCGCCAACAACUUCUACAGUGGGGAAGAACUCAUCACUUGUCCUUAGGGAGGGCUCAACAGAAAGUGAAUCCAUGAUCAGCGAUGAUUUUGCACAUUUCCACAAAAUAGUCCUACAGGAUGAACGAAUGAAAGUAAAUCUGGCCCCUAAAAAGCCGCGUAAAUCCCACUCUAUCAACAAUACUCUUGGGAUGUCCGUGAAAUCACAACCUCGGAAACCCAGCCUCUACUCGGCACGUCUGAACCGCUCUUGGCCAUCAAAACCAGUAAACAAUGAUAACAAUGGGCGGGUGGGAACAUAA